GCGUCAGUUGGAGAAUCUGAAGAUGCGUUCGGCAAUAUUGCUAUCCAGCCUGGCUGCAGGCAUAUCGGCCAAGUCCAUCCUCACCAGUCAACCUCAACACAUCUUCAGCAAUCCUGAGGAACCUCACAAUGAAGGCUACAGGAUACCUUCUGUCCGGGAAUCGACCGCCAUGGCAAGGAAGAUAAUGCACCUUACCACAAUUGGAGACCUCGUCACCGUAUUUCCUUCACAGUCCUCCCACAGCGAUGUCGAGCUGCAAGAGAACCGUCCAGCAGGUGUCGCAGGCACACCCAUAGGUCUGAUGGAAUACUAUGCCGAUUGCGAUCCACAUUCGGGCAACCCGAUCCUCCUUGCCAUCAACAUUGCCACGCCCUACAAGAACUACAACCAAGGCUCGAACAUAAGUCUAAGCAUAAGAUGGUGGCCAGACCGCAAGACAACAUACUCGCUCUUCAGUGAUGUCAAAGAGAUUCCAACCCCGCAUACACCUGCUGCGCUUCCGCGGUUUUCGUUACAUGGACACCUUGAGCCGGUCUCGAGACAUGGCCUGCAAUACCGCAAGAUCCAGGCAUGCUUCUUGCGAUCGCACCCAGACUCUGUGUUAUGGCAGCCCGGAAACGACAUCUCGCAUGAGAGCGAGUAUGUGCAAUUGAUUGUCGACCAUGUGUACUGGUUCGGCGGCUUCGGUGAUCGAGCAAGGAUUGGCUGGUUGCCAAUUGAGACUUGGAGGAAUUUGACAAUGGAAGAGAUCAUUGAUGCCAAACUCCCGGGUGAGAAGAAGGCUAAGAGCUGGUGGAAGCAGUGGCUCUGA